AUGAUAAUCACGGGGGGCUCCAACGGCGGAAGAUUUUGCACUGCAUUUGGCAUGAUCUGAGCCGCCCCAUGUCUAUGCCGGAGCCGGAGUCAAGGCCCGCCAAAGUCCAGGGCGGGUCACCCUCUGCAUCAGUACCUGAUUCGUUGUUUGAUUCCUAUUGUUUUCGCGGCCAGCGAACACCAAGAACCCAGCGAUUCAAACGAGAAGGAAAGCCCUGUUUGUCCAUUCCGGAGACCAAACCGGGCCAUGACAGCCGAGUUGGGACGAGUCAGCGUUCCAAAUCAACUAGGCUUAGGGCUAAAUCUAAGCCUCAACUCCAAACCCAACCCCAACCUACAUUGAAUGCUUUGCCACUAUCAAGUACAUGUUUUGGAACAAUGAAAAUAUUGCCACGAGAUUUCUUUCAAAUUGAUGCGUUAGACCUUGCCCCCCGUUUGCUGGGAAAGUUUAUCCGCAGGGACGAUGUUAUUCUCCAGAUUACUGAGGUGGAAGCAUACAGACAAAAUGAUUCAGCUUGUCAUGGUCGAUUUGGCAUCACAGCAAGAACUGCCCCUGUUUUUGGGCCGGGUGGACAUGCGUAUGUUUAUCUUUGCUAUGGUCUCCACAUAAUGCUGAAUGUUGUUGCUGACAAGGAGGGAGCUGGGGCUGCUGUUUUGAUUCGUUCUUGUGCCCCCGUUAGUGGAUUGGAUGUCAUUCAGCAGCGCCGAGGUCAGAAAACUGAGAAACCUGUACUUCUUACUGGCCCUGGGAAGGUUGGUCAGGCACUGGGUCUUUCAACAGAAUGGUCCAACCAUCCCCUUUAUAGACCAGGUGGUUUGGAAGUGUUAGAUGGUCCAAAGCCAGAAAGCAUGUUGGUAGGACCAAGGGUUGGCAUUGAAUACGCAUCGCCAGAGCAUGUGAGUGCUUUGUGGAGAUUUGCCAUCGCAGGCACCCCAUGGAUAAGUGCUCCCAAAAACACCCUCAGGCCUCCCUCAUAAGCCAUAACAAUGAUGUUUCCCCUUUUUGGUAAACUGCAACAAUGUGAUAUUAGGAAGCAGGUUUUGUUCCUUAAAUAGGAGCUUCCAAUGACAUUAAUCUUUGAAUUAUGACUAAUUAGUAAUUAGUACGUUUUAUUGGUGUUACA